AUGUAUCAAUACAACACUUCGUUGUGGCCAAUCCUUUCGGUUAGUACAACAACAAGCAUUUGUUCAUCAACAACACUAACCCCCAAUUUCAGAUGGCAUAAUCUCCCAGAAAAAGAAGAAUGGCGAUGCGUACUAUACGGGCGCUUGAUUUCUUUGAAACAAGAUUUAAGUACGCUUUACUACCGUACCUAUCAAUCCCAGUCUGCCUCUCUACCCACACCGCCGGCCUCAGAAAUUCCUUCGCGAGCGCAGUCAGAUACAGAAAUUGCCGAUAACAAAGAUGACCAUACUUUACGUAUCAUCAAACAUUACCUCAAUCUCUCUUCAAACUUGAAUUAUCUAUAUACGCAAUGGUCUGCGCAGGAUUCUAAUUUCAAGAAGAAGGCUGCCCAAUUCACAGGGAUCCGAAUAUUACGUCAAGAUGCGUGGGAAGCAUUGGUAUCGUUCAUUUGCAGCAGCAACAACAAUAUUUCGCGCAUUUCCCAAAUGGUUGAGAAACUAUGUCUCAAUUACGGUCCCUUCGUGGCUACAGUUGAAGGUCGCUCUUAUCACGACUUCCCCACGCCAGAAGCAUUGGCUGGUAAAGAUGUAGAAGGCAAUCUUCGCAGCUUGGGAUUUGGAUAUCGAGCCAAGUAUCUCUACCAAACGGCCCUUAUGGUGUCUAAAGAGCGAGAGAAGGGGUGGUUGGACAACCUCUGUAACCCUGAAUCGCCCCCCUUUGGCGUGGAAGCGAAACCUGGCGAUGAGAUGAAGCCUGAGGGAAGACAAGGUUACCGAGAUGCCCAUGAGAGCCUACUUGAACUACAAGGCGUCGGACCCAAAGUGGCAGACUGCGUAUGCUUAAUGGGCUUAGGAUGGCGUGAAUCCGUGCCUGUUGACACACAUGUAUGGCAAAUUGCACAGCGUGACUACCGCUUCGGGAAGGGGUCGCAUAAGUCAUUGACAAAAGCAACUUAUGAUGCUAUAGCUAACCACUUUCGAAAGCUCUGGGGUCAGGAAGCCGGGUGGGCACAUAGUGUGCUCUUCACAGCAGACUUGAGGUCUUUCGCAGACCGGCUAGCGGCGACAAAGAAGGUUGAUGUUAAGGUGAAAGAAGAGGACUCCAAAGUCGAGAUUAAAACAGAGGUUACUGCGACGGUUGCUAUCACUGCCCCGAAGCAGGAGGAUAUUGAUGUGAAGCUCGAAGAAAUCGACAGUAAGCCAGUCGUUAAACAGGAGCGAGGCAAGAAACGGAAGGAGAGUUCAGAUGGGGUCGUGCAUGCUUCGCAAAUGACGGAAACCCGAAGGAUGUCCAAGAGAAUCCGGCGCUGA